ACAAUUUUUCGUCAACCGCCACUACGGGCUACAGCGCGACAACGCCAACUCCCCCACCACGCCACAAAGGCACAAGGUGGGACGGGAAGGCGAGUCGCGUAGAACGAGUACCGGCCGUCGUAGACUAGUCACUAGAAAAAAGAUUUCGAUUAACUACACACGCACCACGACAACAACGACCUAUCCAGUCACAUAGCCGCCGUCAGUUGUCCGUUUCUUUUUUUUUGUGAUAUUCUUUUAUUUGUUGUAAACCAAUAUUUAUAUCUUCACACGUGUACCCGUUACGGGAAAAUAAACAGUAAAUCAAUUCAGACCUAAACUGAAAUUUUUGUGUCAAUUUAACGCUCGAGUGUCACCCGACCUACCACACCAACGACCGGCUCCCGCGGACCACCUACCACCACCGUCGUAGCCGCGUCAAAUUGGCUCCCCGGCGGGGAAUCGAACCCCGGUCUCCCGCGUGACAGGCGGGGAUACUAAAACAACCGGAAAAAUUGACAACAUGACCGGCCAACAGCAGGAGAAGUGGCAGCAGGUUGCCGAGCUAAUACAACGGCUGGGGCUGGUAUCCGGUGGCCAGGAUGAGCCGCGAACAGCCGCCCAGGUCGCGAGGAUGACUACCCGCCAACUCCUACAGGACCCAGUGCGGGCGGCCAUCUACAACCGGGGCUGGGCGGACCGUACGACGGACAUCCAGCGGAGGUUGCGGCCACACCGACCACCAUCAACAUCAACAACCGGCAGCCGCACACCGUCCCUGACAAGGCCACCACCCCCAGCAACGACACCUGCCCCCGUAACACCUGCGGAGCCGGCACCGGUACCCAGGCAAACGGGGGUACUCCCCGGCCCAACGGGAAAGGUGAGGACGGAGGCGCAGCAGGCACGGAACCGUCGGAAAUUCCAGCAGCUGAAGGAAAAGAGGAAGGCCAGGGAAAGCGAGGCAAGCCAACAACGUCGGCUUGCCAAGCAACCCGCGCCAACCUCAGACCCGGAAGCAGCCGGCACGUCUCCGGCCAACCCAACACCGAUGGAGGUGGACAAACCGGCAUCCAAGGACGACAAGUCCGAGGAGCCGGGACAGCCCACCAGCCAGGAGUCGCCAGACCAAUCAGAGGCCACGGUGGACAUAACCGAGGCAGAUUGGCUGGUGGCGUUCGAGGGGAUGCCGGAGUUGGACGACACUCACUCGUCCUACACUCCGGUAGGGUCCCCAAAACACCCCCAGUAACACACACGGGCGCGGGCAAGUCUACCUCAAGCGAAAGCCAGAGGUAGUACAAGCCACCCCGUCCCAUAAUAGCACACAGACACCGGUACAAGUGUACCCCGUGUGACGGUUUGGCGGGGGAGUAUGACACGGUACGCAGCGGCCACCAGUACAAAGUACAGGUACCGCAGCGACCAGUCUACAAUUUUUCGUCAACCGCCACUACGGGCUACAGCGCGACAACGCCAACUCCCCCACCACGCCACAAAGGCACAAGGUGGGACGGGAAGGCGAGUCGCGUAGAACGAGUACCGGCCGUCGUAGACUAGUCACUAGAAAAAAGAUUUCGAUUAACUACACACGCACCACGACAACAACGACCUAUCCAGUCACAUAGCCGCCGUCAGUUGUCCGUUUCUUUUUUUUUGUGAUAUUCUUUUAUUUGUUGUAAACCAAUAUUUAUAUCUUCACACGUGUACCCGUUACGGGAAAAUAAACAGUAA